CAUACUACCCGCUAGCUUAAUUAUCUUAGUCAGAUGGCUGCCUUCAACCAAAAGCAAACCCUUGUCCUUUCAUUCUUCUUCUUGAUCCCAAUGUUAUGGAAGUACGCCCGUGGAGCCUCAAAGGCGCCAUGUUACUUCAUCUUCGGGGACUCCCUGUCAGAUUCCGGAAACAACAAUGCCCUCUUCACGUUCUCGAAAGCAGAUUUCCCACCGUAUGGGGUAGACUUCCCCUUGGGGGCGACGGGAAGGUUCACAAACGGCCGCACUAUGAUGGACUUUCUAACUGAACUUAUGGGGUUUGACCAAUAUAUUCCGCCAUAUCAUAAGGCGGAGGGCAGCAGAUACUCAAUGGAGUAAACUACGCAUCAGGUGGAUCGGGGAUUCUGAAGACCACCACUGAAAUACAGGUAGGGAGAGUAUGGCUAGCUAGGCAGCUACUGCGCCACUCCGAGGUAGUAGCACGCAUCAAUUUGCUCAUGGGCAAGAACGAAUCGGCAUCUCAGCACCUAAGCAAAUGCAUCUACACGGUUGCAAUGGGCAGCAAUGACUACAUCAACAAUUACUACGCUCCUGCAGAAAAUCCGAUCAGUCAGCUCUACACUCCUGACCGGUUCGCCGACCUACUCAUCCGGGAAUUGAAGACAAACCUCAAGCGUCUACACUCCUAUGGAGCCAGGAAGAUAGUUGUAAUAGGACUUACUGGUGUCGGGUGUUGCCCGCACGUCGCAAAGAAAUUCGGAGGAAAGCCAUGCUCCGAGAAAGUGAACAGCGAAGUCCAAUUAUUCAACGAUAAGCUCACACCACUGGUGAACAAGUUGAAUCAGAAACUAACCGAUGCUAAAUUCACCUUCCUGAACGCUACUUCAGUGUUUAACACUCUUUUGCAGCAGGGUUCACAAAACUCCACCGGUUCUUGUUGUAAGAUGCAGAGGAGUACGGGCACGUGUGUUCCAUAUCACACUCCAUGUGCAAACAGAUCAGAAUACGUAUUCUUUGACGGGUUCCAUCCGACAGAGUCUUCGAAUAAGAUACUUGCAGAUCUGGCGUAUAACGCCAAAUCCCCACAAGUUAUUUCUCCUUACACAUUCGAACAGCUCUUGGCGCUCUGAGUUCUCAUAGGAAAAGUUUGGAAAAAAGAAUAUUCGUAUCUCUCAGCCUUAUAAAAUGAGUUUGCUCGAUCAUGUCCUAAGGAUCAACCUCAAGCUCGCUAAGAAUAAUAGAAUAUCUAUCAGCUGCCUGAUGUAGGAGACUGAUCGUGUUUUCAUCAUACGCUAUUAAGUCUGCAAUCUGGAUACUAACAGUAGAACCUUCUCUUUUUUUCGGUUGUUAGAAUAUGUAACGUAAGGGUAGAUCUAUAUAGGCUGCUUUUUCUUUAUUGAUGCAGUAGUAAUCGCAAUUCCUUAUUUUUCGGUUACAAAAGAGGCGAUAUCGAUCCAAUUUUAUUAUAAUAUUCCAUCUUUUUGGUGAAAAUUAUAAUGUCAUGGCAGCGCUUGUUUC